UCAUAUAUUAAACAGCAUAUUAGUACUUUGUUUAAUUUAUAUAAUUGAAUGUAUCACUUAAGAUUUUGAAACAACACACUCCGAUCUCACGCCCAGGUUGCGUUCUCCCGUCCACCAACAUCGAGCAGCAGAUGAGGGAGAUCAGGGAGGUGUGUCGGGAUGGGAAGGCCAAGAGGGCCCUUUCUAAUAACAAUGGGUCUCCUCAGCCCCGGGCAUCAUGUGACCAGACCGUCUUCCCUGUCUACAAGGGCAUCAUGACCUUUGACCUCAGCAAACAGCACAACCUGCUGGUGACCGGAGGGAUGGACAGGGUGCUGCGUCUGUGGAACCCCUACGUCCCUGGGAAGCCCACAGGUGUGUUAAAGGGACACUCUGCUCCCAUCUUCUACCUCUUCAUCUCCUCAGAGGAAAACCGUAUAUUUUCUGUCUCUAUGGACAACACUGCCAAGAUCUGGGAUAUCCAUGACCAUAGCUGCCUCAUCACAGCCCACCCCAAAGCCAGCCUCAUCCGUGGAGACAUGUCUGCAUGCCUGUAUUCUCCUUCCACCAAGGCACUGUACAUCGCAGCAGACUCGCUAGCGCUGCUCUCUCUCAGGACCAGCCCCCAGCCCCAGGGACAUCUGAUCGUGUCUCACAUGGAGCCUGUGUUGUGCUGCGGGUAUAGCCACGAGUUCAGACAGGUCGUCAGCUGCACAGAAGGAUCCGUGGUGAAGGUGUGGGAUUUCGACACAGGGAGCCAUGUGUUUGAAUUUGGUGGUGCCCACGGACAGUCUGCCAUUACCUGUAUGACUUUUGACCCCAAGGGAAGGAGACUGGUCACUGGGGGGAGAGAUGGCUUUCUAAAGAUCUGGAACUUUAACAAUGGUCAGUGUCUGAAGAUACUAAAAAAGGAUGGGGAGUCCAACGAGGUGUGUGACUGCACCUACCUGACAGUCCACAGAAACACGUAUGUGAUGUCUGUUGGAUGGGACCGCAGGAUUGACAUCUACUCUGAUUCACCAGACGAGCCUCACCACAUCCAGAAGCCUCAGCCCUCAUGGCAAGAUGAUCUGAGGAGGGGCCACAUAGAGGACAUCCUGUGUGUAGCCCAGUGUCCCCCCUCCCUUCUGGCCACCAGCAGCUAUGACGGGGAGGUCAUUGUGUGGAACCUGGUCUCCGGACACAUCCAGUGUCGCUUUGCCAGCCCUCUGCAACCUGACUGCUGCCAUGCCCAAGGGAUGGAUACCUGUGUUCCCAGCAUCAUCUUCCUGAGGAGCCGAGCAUUACAUGCUAAGUUCUCCUCCACUGCAUGCCUCCUGUCCUCAGGACCCACAGGUUGCAUUAAUUUCUGGAACGUGCUCAACGGUGGGAAAUUAUUGGCCAACUUCGAGGCAUCUAGGUUCCAGCAGCUGAUCACUAAACUGGCAGUGACAAAGGAAGACACCUCACUGUAUGCGGCUGACCAACUUGGCUAUGUCUAUGUUUAUGACAUAAAGUCAUACGCUCUUGGCUCAGAGAGAACCCCACCGAGAGCUGAAAACUACUGGCGUGCCCAUACUGGCAAAAUCACCGGGUUGCAGAUUGUUGACAAUGACCAAGUACUGCUCACCUCGUCUAUAGACUGCACUGUGCGCCUGUGGAGUGCCUGUGGAGAGUUCAUAGGGACGUUUGGGCAGCGGGACAAUUGGAGCAUCCACACCCCUUCCUCCUGGAAGCAUCCUGCCGUUCCCUAUGAGAUCCUGAUCGACCCUCUGAGCUUACCAGCUCACCGCAUCCUGGAGGGAGAGACCAGAGUGUCCGAUGUCAUUAACGCUGACAACUCUGAGGCCACUAGCACCGAGCCAAAGUCCAACUCGCCCAGCAAGCUUAGACACCCUCCACUGUCCUUCAGCGACACAGACAUCAUGGAGGAGAUGAAAACCUCUUGUUACACAGAAGAACAUGGUAAACGACUCCGACAUGAAAUAUUCAAGCAUACUAACAAGCCACCCAAUCAUGGCGGACCCAAGGCCUACCACACUCUCAAGUACUUUGAUAUAGUCGACACCCCGACCACCUGCGAGAGGCCUGAUCUUUCCCUGGCUGGCAUAGAUCCGUUCAUGUCCAGCUUUGUGGAACAGGAGUCGGCUGAAUUCCAAUAAGAUCCCAAUUGUAACAGGAACUCAAACUGUGACCAUAGGUCCUGUGCACCAUGAACUCAACAUGCUUCAAGGACAGAGGAGUUACAACACCAUCACAAGUAAUCAGAAGAGCUGAAAUGUUAGCUGUUGCACAACUUUAAAGAGUUGCACAGUCCUGGAUUGAUUAGGGGAGACCGGGGUUUGUUGUCACACUUUUUACUAAUUUGUGUAUUUCUCAGCACCAGUAUAUCUUACAAGACUAUUUUCAAUAAGAUUAAGACCAAGGUCUUGGGUUGAAAUGGGGAACAUUUCUAUCCUCAUAUAUUAUUCCAACAUGGAGUUAUAAGCCAUUAAACACUCUCUGUCCACUUGUGACAACCUGGGCCCAGAUUUACAAAACACUUCUUAAGCAAAAAUGUAAGAAGCUUCUUAAGAAAAAAAAAGUAAAUAAGAUAGUUCGUAAGUGCAAUUCCUCAACAAUAUCUUAAGAUGGAAUGAUUUUCUUACGAACUUCUCAAAUAUCUAUUUACAAAUCUUCUUAAGAUGUUUGUUGCUAGGCUACCGUUUUAGCUAGCUAUCAAUGGCAAUCAUGUUAGCAUAUUUUUUACUGAGAUUACUGUUCUAAAACAUGUUCUUGGGUUUAAAAUAAUCAAUACUGAAACUUUCAGAUAAAGUUUGAGUAAAUUAAACAUGUUCAAUUCCUUUCAUGAGCUUUAUCUCUCAAUGCCCUGAGUUUAAGACAAGGGUUUAGCUGUCUUAGAAUUAAGAACAUUUCCAAGAACCUUAUUUUCUAGAAUCAAAUUUCUUCUUAACUUUUUUCUUAAUGGGUCCCGCUAUCUGGACAACUUCCGGUGAAACUGGAGGGCACGUAAUUCAAAUAAAUUCAAAUAAAUAUUAUGGAUUUUAAACAUGUUGGUACAUAUAAGUGUCUUAUAUCGGCUGAAAGCUUAAAUUUUUCUAAUCUAACUGCACUGUCCGAUUUACAGUAGCUAUUACAGCGAAAACAUGCCAUGUGAUUUUGAGGAUGGCGCCCCAAGUCAAAAUAUUUUUCCACCAGCACAGGUUUCAUACAUUCACAUGCAAAGAUUAAAUAUUCACUUACUUUUUGAAAAUCCUUCCUCUGAUUUGUCAUCCAAAGGGUCGCAGCUAUAACAUGUAGUUUUGUUUUGUUAGAUAAAAUCAUUCUUUAUAUCCCCAAAAAGUCUGUUUAGUUGGCGCCAUCGAUUUGAGUAAUCCACUUGUUCAACUUGCAGAGAAAGGAAUCUGAAAAUCUACCCCUAAACUUUGUUUCAUCAAGUCAAACUACGUUUCUAUUUACUCCUCAGAUACCCUAAAAUGUAAUCAAACCAUAAUAUUUAUUUCUGAAACAAGUAUGUUCAAUAGGAAACUGAUUUUAACAGGUGCGUAAUUUCUUCGUGGCGAGCGCAAACACGGAUUUCCAAGACUGUGUCCUUGUACUAAAACUGUUAUUUCUUAUUCGUUUUUGAAGUUACAAGCCUGAAACCUUGAACAUAGAGUGCAUAGACUGCUGACACCCUGUGGAAGCCAUAGGAAUUUACAAUAUGACCUUUUUCUUGCAUUUCUAAGAGGAUGGUCUCUCCAAAAAAGAAAAUCCGGUUUGGUUUUUCUUUGGAUUUUCUCAUACCAUAUCUAUUGUGUUAUAUUCUCCUACAUUAUUGUAACAUUUAUACAAACUUCAAAGUAUUUUAUUUUCAAUGGUACCAAUUAUAUGCAUAUCCUGGCUACAGGCAGUUUACUUUGGGCACGUCAUUCAGGCGGAAAUGGAGAAAAAAGGGACCUAGCCCUGAGAAACAUAAGAAAUAGCCCAAGAAAAUUCCCCAAAACCUUUUCGAAGAAUAGCAACUUGGCUUAACUUUCAUCUUAAAUCUAUAGUUAAGGAAAAAGUGGCAGUUAAGAAGAAAUAUCUUUUUACGAAGGUUUUGUGAAUCAUCCUGGGGUUGUCACACAGUAUGGGGUUGGUUGUAACAGUGUUUGCUAUUUGUUUUUCAGCAACAAUCUAACCAAUUUACAAAAGUUUUGAAAAAAGUAAAGCCUUUAUUUAUUGAACAUUAUUUCUGUCUAGCAUAAUACAAAUAAAUAAAUAAAUAAAAAUCAAUUCAA